AUGUCGGUGUCAGCCCCCAGUACCACGUCCAACUCGGCCCCCGACAACUUCGGGCCUGCAGAACCUCGUGCCAAUGGCGAUCAAGACAAAAAUAUCGACGACAAGGAAAAGACGGCAAAGACGGCGCAGAGCCAGAGCCAGAGCGACCAACAAGCUGCCCAGGCCAGCCCGAAUGAGCACCAGUAUCCAACGGGGCUGACGCUAUUUGCCGUCCUGGUGCCCAUGGCGCUGGCGUUUUUCCUCGUCUUCCUCGACCUAGCCAUCGUGUCAACGGCAACGCCGUCCAUCACGUCCACCUUCAACUCGCUGGUCGACGUCGGGUGGUAUGGUGGCGCCUACCAGCUUGGCGGCUCGGCCCUACAGCCCCUGACGGGCAAGAUCUAUACCUACUUCUCGACCAAGUGGACCUUUCUGGCCUUUUUCUUUCUUUUUAUGCUCGGCUCGCUGCUUUGCGGCGCCGCCCAGUCGUCGGCCAUGUUCAUCGUCGGCCGCGCCGUCGCCGGCAUGGGCUCUUCGGGCCUCAACACGGGCGCCUUCACCAUCGUGGCUGCCACCCUGCCUCCCCACAUCCAGCCCCGGGUCAUGGGCCUCACUGUCGGCCUCGGCCAGCUGGGCCUGGCCCUAGGACCUAUUAUCGGCGGCUUGUUUACUGAAUACGUGUCGUGGCGGUGGUGCUUCUACAUCAACCUCCCCGUCGGUGCGCCCGUCGCUGUGCUUCUCUUCUUCUUCCGCGUGCCCGAGCAGACGCCGAAACAACCCGUGCGCACGGUGCUGGGCACGGCCAUCAAGGCGCUCGAUCUGGUCGGCUUCGCGCUAGUCAGCCCGGCGGCCAUCAUGUUCCUGCUGGCGCUAAUGUACGGCGGUAACCAGCACGCGUGGGACAGCUCCGUGGUAAUCGGGCUGUUAGUAGGCGCGGCCACCACGCUGGCCGUCUUCCUCGUGUGGGAGCACCGCCGCGGCGACGACGCCAUGGUGCCCUUCGCGAUGCUUCGCCACCGCGUCAUCUGGUCCGCCGCCGGCAACAUGUUCUUCGUGCUGGCCAGUAUGCUGGUCGCCGAUUUCUAUCUUGCCAUCUUCUUCCAGGCAGUCAGCGGCGACUCGCCCGUCAUGAGCGGCGUCCAUCUGCUGCCCACUACCCUCGGUAUGGUCGUGUUUACCAUGACGUCGGGUGCCUUGAUCGAAGCGCUGGGCUACUAUCUCCCGUGGGUGCUUGCCGGGAGCUGCAUCUCCGCCGUUGGCUACGGGCUGCUGUCGACUCUGGAAACAACGACGCCUGCCGCGCGAUGGAUUGGAUACCAACUGUUUUACGGAGUCGGCGGCGGGUCCAUGGCGGCAGCGGCGUACACGGCAGUGCAGAACCUCGUACCGGCCCAACAGAUCCCGACGGCGAUGGCAAUCGUGCUGUUCUGCCAGAGCAUGGGCGGCGCCGUGUCGCUGGUCGCGGCCAACGCCAUCUUCAGCAACAGCCUGCGGCAGCAGCUGCAGCAGCGCGCCGGCGCCAUCGGCCUCGACCCGGAGGUCAUCAUCAACGCCGGCGCCAGCGCCGUGCGCCUGCUCGUGUCGGACGACGCCCUCGACGCCGUGCUGCAGGCCUACGCCAAGAGCGUCGACCACGUCAUGUACCUGGGCGUCGCCGUCAGCGUCGCCGCUUUCGCCUUUGCCUGGGGUCUCGGCUGGGAGGACAUCCGCGUCGUGCGCAGGCGCAAUGCCAUCCGCGCGUCCAAUGCCGAGAUGGACGGACCGGGACGGUGA